GUAACCAUUGUUUUGAGUAUUCUAUAAAAUCGCUUUAUUGGAAUAGGAAAAAAUUACGCUUUUGUAGUUGCUGUGUUCAAUACGUAUGAACGAUGAAGUUUUUGUAAGCUAUAUCAUUUACGAUUGCAAGAAGCUUGCACCAAAAGGAGUUUAAACCCAGUACAAUUUUCCUGAACAAGGCCAACGCCCACAUGCACAGAAUAGCCGCUAGAGGCUUUUUAACAAAUGUACCCUAAGUAUUAUUGAUUAUAAUCCUCUACGUUGCGAUCGAUGGAAUGUCUGACAAUAUAAUCUGAUUACCUAAGUUUGAAACCAGGUAAAUUGGUUGUGAUGCACAGUGACAGAUUCAGUUCAGUUGACACAAGAAAAACAGACAAAGCUCACAUAAUCACGUCUACAUUCACAAUGUGUACAAAACAAACCGUGGGAUCAAUCAUUCGAAACUGCGAGAAGUACGAUAUAAUCUCAACAACUAAGAAUGCGCUAGUGACGCGAUUAAACCGUGGUAAAAUCAUUCGAAACACUGUGAGGAGUAUGAUACAACUUCAACAAUAACUAAGAAUGCACUAGAGACGCGACUAAACCGUGGUAAAAUCAUUCGAAACACUGUGAGAGGUAUGAAACAACCUCAACAAUAACUAAGAACGCGGUUAGUGACGCGACUAAACCGAAAGUGUGACUUUAACUAAAGACCAAACUUUAUUUCCUCUGGAUCAAAAUGGCUAACAUGGAGUAGACUUUUUCAUAGCCCGAUCCAUUUUUUCUAUUUGAAUGAAAUGGUUGUACGCGCGGAUACCAACUGUACAUUGGCAACGUUUUGUCAUGUCAGUGAUGAUUCUAAAUUCUUCACAUCCAGUGUUUCCAUUUCUUCUCAAAUAUUCGCCAUUAGUACGCUAAUAUUCACGUGUCUCCUCGGCAACUGUUUAUUAUGUUUUGCUGUAUUUAAAAGUCCCGCGAGACGGAGCGCUGCGUCGAUCCUGUUGCUAAAUUUAGCUGUUGCCGAUUUUCUUGUCGGGGUAUUGGUGCUACCGAUGUGGAUACUGCCUACGGCUCUUCUGGGGUGGCCUUUGUCGGAUAACAUGUGCGAGUUUGUAGCCUGUACGACAACCGUUCUAAUGUUGUGUUCGGUGUUUUCGCUGUGUGGUAUUUCAGUCGAUAGAUACUGCAACAUCGCCAUGCCAUUGCGAUACCCAAUAGAAGUGACCUUAGAGCGGAUAACUCUGAUAGUAGUCGGUGUGUGGAUUUAUUGUAUUCUUGUAGCCAGUUGCCCUUUGUUUGGCUGGGGAGACUAUCGUUUUCAGCCGCAGACUGUUCCUAUUUGUAAUCCAGUCUGGGUAACCGAGAUAUCAUUUGCCGUGUUUCUCGUUUUGUCGGGGAUGGCAGUGCCUGUAGCUUUAAUGUUGUUUUCUUAUAUUAAAAUAGUUUUGAUAGCACGUGAUCACAUCAGACGUAUUGAUGCAAUACACAGACCCACAGAACUUCCUAUUAAUGAAAAUAACAAUAAAGUGAAAGAUGAACUUCCGGUAUCACAGCCGAAGUUUUCUAAAAGUCUGAAAAUGGUGCAAAGAGUUUUUAUUGCUGUCGGUGUAUUUUUCAUGUGUUGGGGACCGUAUGUUAUUUUAAACUUCUGGUCUGUAAAUCACGAGGAGGUACCGGUGCCGUAUAUAGCCGAUCUGCUGGUGACACUUCUUGCCUUCGCCAACAGUUCCAUAAACCCGGUUAUCUUCAUCAUCUUGAACAAAGACUUCAGACAUUCCAUCCGAAACUUAAAAACACAAAUACAAAGCAAGUGUCUUUGUUUCCAAAAUCGCGUCAUCGCUCUGGAUAAUAAUAAUUCUUCAAAUCAAGACGACCAUGUAUUAAAGGAUAACCAGAGACAAGUAGACAGGGUAGAUCCAGUCUUAAACAACGGUGAAAAGAAAUAUGAAAAAACCGUGUUGCCUUUUAUGCAACCGACGCCCAGUUACGUCAAUGGCACAACUGAAGAAAAGCAACCGGAUCUGAUGCGCAUGUCAAGACCUUCCACGGACGACUUUUUAAAAAAAUUGGUUGUAAGUCCGCUAGAACGUUCCAAUAGUAAAAUAAUUUCCCGCACAAAAUCUUUCCGGAAAUUACCGGGAGUGACCGACUCGUCCGUUCCGAAGUCGAAAUUUGGCAUAAAACGCGGGGAACAUUUGAGGAAACCCGGUUUCAAGACGUUAAUUAACGCAUAUUCAGUGUUUUCUCUUUCAGAACUUAAAAAACGGGAUACUUUGAAAAGACUGAACAAUUCUAGACAGGUUCUGGGUAUAGACACGGACUCCAGUGACCGGGGAUCUAUUAGGACUCUCGGCAUGAACUCGAGAACAAGUUCUGAAAACCAAACUCGAUCAGAAAUACUGACGUAUGAUCAUGUGGUUAUUGAUGACUUGUGAAAGAUCAUAUGACGCUGAAACCAUAUUUAAGCGAAGCUAAAUCUUCCUUUUGCAGGCCUUUCUAUUAACUCCCAAUUGUUAUAUUAACUAUUAUUUAGACAUAUUCACCUGGCAAGCAUAUAAUCAACUCUCUGGGUCAUCGGGUGGCCGAGAUUUAAAUGAAUUUGAUCAUCCGCGAGAUAUAAAAAAUAUAAGUAGAUAAUCAAGGCUACUAAUAAACGAUUUACGCUACAUUUUACAUAAUGAAUCAUUAAACUUUAGGUUUUACUGAUAGAGCAAUUGAGCUGCAAUCGAUCUGUACUUAUCAGUCCGGGACGUUCCGAGAGAAUACGCCAUACAUUGUGCCAUGAGGGAUAUUUUGCCCCGACAGCGGCAUUGCGGCCUACACUUAUAUCGAAUUUUAACUGCCAAGGGAUAUUUAACGUGCACGAAAAUGUGUACACGGGACCUCGGUUUUUCGACCAACCCGGGCGACUAUACGUCGUCCCUUGCCAGAGUAUCCCCUUAGUAACAGUAACAGAUCUCGUACUUUUUAGUCAUAUCCGGAAUGUACGAUUCGCCGUAAUGGACCAAAUCUGUUUAACCUAUUCUCGUUUCAUAGUUACCGGUGUUAAUUUACCUGACAAUGGUCAAUACUUAUA